UUCUUUUGCCGCCCUAUGUGAACAAUCCACGAAAGGUAAAGUUUUUAAAAGUCAAGGGCUCAAGGACUUGGAAAUCUUUAUAGUCUCUGAUUUAUUUUCUCCAACUUCAAUGUUUUCGUUUCUUCAUUAUCCAUCUGUUACCUUGUUUUGGUGGAGCUAUGGCGUCCACCACAGUUAUCAAGGUGCGAUAUUUUGGAACUUCCAAGGUUAAACUUGGGGACAAACUGAGGUAUUUCAAAGCUUGUGUUGAUAAGAAUGGUGAACUUGAUCUUAACAUGGCUGGAUUGAGGGAAAAAAUUUGCGGUCUUUUUCACCUCCCACCUGGUGCUGACAUUACUCUAACAUAUAUCGAUGAAGACAAGGAUGUAGUAACUCUCGUGGACGAUGAUGAUCUGCGAGAUGCAAUGAGGCAGCAUCUUAAGUCAUUUAGAAUUGAUGUACUGAUGAAUGAUGACAAAGAUGUUGGUAAAUAUUCAAGCUCCAAAAGAAGUAAAAGUCAAGGGAAGGAUGCUGCUAAUGUGACAAGUGAUAUGGAGAUGGUGGUUCAACCUUACCCUGAUUAUUUUGAUGAUCUUGAUUUCCUCGCUGAUUCUGGGGAGACCAACAAGGCUUCUAGCACAAGUUCUGCUUCUCCUCCAUGUCAUAAUGAAGAUAUGAGCAGAAGCAAUGCUCCUCCACAUUAUAAUCACCCUGUUUUUCCAACUGUGGCAUGUCUUGAAUCUGGAGCCGUAGGUGGUAUGAUGUGUCACACGGGUUUUCGGUGCAGCAUCUGUGGUUGCAAUCCAAUACUUGGAUCCCGGUUCAAGUCGAUAGUGUAAGGAAGGAACUUAUUGUGAUUGAAGAUUAUAGCCUCUGUCGAAUCUGUGUUACGAGUUGGGGUAAUGUGACUGAUUACAUUAGGAUUGACCUCCCUGUGUCUCCAAAAGGGGAUGUUUGAGCAAAUUGACCACAUUGUGCUUGGUCAGGGUUGUGCUCAUAGAAAGAGGCCUUGUUGCUUUGGCUAGUGCAGCAAUUUUGAGUCUGAUGGCCAAAGGUUCACAAGGUUUCAAGGAAGCUGAUUGGUUGGAAUAUGAUAGCUUUUUUUCUUUUCUUUCUCUCUGAUAUGAGUUGAUUUUCUUUUUCUCUGUGGAGUUGCCCUUGCAAAUUUUUGUGCAUUGUGUGGCUUUGAAAUUACAUGCUGGCUUCCAAUUAGAUGUUCUGUAACCAUUGGAAUAAAUUUGUGGUCGAGGUUUGUUACAGUUUUGUAAAAUACAAAAAAGAAGUGUGCUCAAA